UCCCGACAGGUUUGGAACGCGGCACAAGACUGGUGCACACAACCUAACCAGAUGUAACUAGCUAGAGUGACAGCAGCACACCAUCCUGUGGACAGACAUGAGCCAUACUACUCUGAAGCCAGUGGGCCUUGACCCUGCCGUGCUGAGAGACGAUCUCUUCGAGCAAUGGAACCGGAAAGAUCUGCAGACGCUACGUUUGGCAGCCCUCCAGGGAUUUUCAAAGUUGUCUGAGCCUCUGGAGGCUUUGCUAACAAUCCUGGAGAGCUGUCCAGGCAAACAGAAGGGUCGGAGCCACACCCUCGGCCACCACAUCCUUAUGGAAUUCCAGACAUGGCUAAAGGAACAUCCUCAGGUGACCCUGAGCUCACUCUCAGAGCAGCAAGCAACAGCUCUCCAGCGGCGGGCUCUGAGCUUACUAACAGACACCCAGCCCGGCUUUGUAGACAACCUCAUAAACAUCUACCAGCUCAGUUCCCUGGAUCCGGCCAUACUCCGACUGAACAUUGUGAGGUUGCAGGCUCUUAACUGCUACAAAGAGGCAGUAGUGCUCAGCAUAAAGCUGAAGUUACAGAAAGAACUGAAUAUGGAAGAGAUGUGUGUACCGCUGAUCUUGCAGAAUAAGUUGCCAUUGGCCGAGUCCUUUGUCACAGGCCACAAUCAUCUAGAGCAACGACUGGUCAUGCUGCUAGACUCGUGGUGCCACCCCAGCUUCAGCGUGGAAGAGAUAACCAAGCGGUUCCCUCGCCUCUCUCUGUCCAAACAGUGCAUGGGCCACAUUCAGCCCAAAAUGCUCACCAAACAAGUCUUCCGACUCAUGGAGAAAUUCAAAAUGAUUUGACCAUGUCUUUUUAACACAGGACUGUGUCCCAGUGCUCUGCAGAAGAGGAGAUUGGACUCUCUGCGGUUCCUCAUGUAUAAGAAGUUUGUGGAGAAAAACAUGACAGAGGAGAACUGGAGUGACCAUGUACAGUACGUAGUGGCAGAUGACCUUGAGCUGCAGAUCCAGCUGGUGGAGAUGUUGGUGAAGUACUGUGGCCUUCAAAAAGCCUCUCAGUGGUCACUGAGAUACAACAUCCCCAAAAAUCGACUUCCCUAUGGGGUCUGGGAAACACAGCAGAGUCUACCGCCUGAUCUACAACAAAUACAUCGGAGUGCUUCAGCACACAAUGAGGAGUGGAUGCCAUCUCAGUCGCACUGUCAGAAGUUCUACCAGGUGCCAAUCAUCAAAGACAAGGUUAAUUUUGUUGACACGCCCGAAGCUCUACAGAGAUGUCAAAACAUUGUGCUGAAGGAAGGCGGUGUAGUAGGAGUAGACAUGGAGUGGCAGCCCACGUUUGGCUGUAUCACAACUCAGCAAGUUGCCCUGAUACAGCUUGCAGUGGUUGACGAGGUUUUCUUAUUAGACCUCUGUGCCAACGGAUUCUGCCAACACCCAGAUACUAUUAGUUUCAUCAGGAGCUUGUUUUCCAAAAGAAAUGUCCUUAAACUGGGUUAUGGUAUGUCAGGGGAUCUCAAGUGUCUCUUGGCCACCUGGCACCAGCUUUUAGAGGAACCAUUGAAGAUGGAGGGGAUGCUUGAUCUUCUUAAUAUACACCAGAAGAUCCAGCGUUCUAAGGUCAGGAGGACGCAAAAUCGACCUAAAGAGGUGCUGGUAGGAGAGGACUCCGCAGAGAAAGGCCUCAGUCUGCUGGUACAACAGGUCCUUGGAAGGCCACUGGACAAGACAGAGCAGAUGUCCCACUGGGAGAAACGGCCACUGCGCAUCAGCCAAAUUAGAUAUGCAGUGGCAGAUGCCUACUGUUUGCUGGAUGUGUACACUGUCCUCUCCAGAAACCCAGCCUACUUUGGACUACCAGCUGACCUACUUAGUAUCGCUUCAAGCCAAUCAGAGAAGGGUGGAGACAAGAAGCAGAAGGAGAAACAAGCCAAGAAGACGAAACAAGCCCAUGGAAAAGAGGAAUGUCAGGGGGCUCAAAGGGUCAGUCCCCGUUGGUCUGACACAGAUAAAGGCCUCCUGUGUGGCGAGAAGCCCUCAGAAGACACCCGCCCUGUGCCCCCCCAGCAGUUGCGGGUGGUGUGUGACAACAUGCUGCAGGGACUCGGGAGGUACCUGCGCUGUUUAGGAGUUGAUGUGGUCAUGCUGGAGAACACUGACGAUCACAGGGUAGCUGGAAAGUUAGCGCAAGCUGAAGGCCGUGUCAUACUCACAUGUGGACAACCUUUCCAAAGUUUGCGGUCCCAGGUUGGUGAGGGUCGCUGUCUGUCCCUAGACUGUUCAGAAAAGGCCAGAGACCAGGCUGUUCGAGUCCUCAGGCACUUCAAUGUCCAACCCACUCCCAGCGAUAUAUUCAGCCGCUGCCAGGCGUGUAACAGCGAUCAGUACGUGGCGGUGCCCAGAGAGGACAUGGUCAGGAUGCUUAAACAGAAAGGAUUUCUGCAGGACAAGGACAACACUGACCACACACAACAACAGGAAGAGGAGAAGCUUGGUGACAUUCUGACCCCCAGUCUGACCCCUGAACUCCCCAGGUAUGCCCUUCAGUGUCACUGGGCCCCCCUUUCAGGGCUGGACCCCGACACCCUGACCUUUCCUGGGGGGGCGCCAAUACAGCUCCACACCGUGCCCCCCGGCCUCCUACCGAGGAUACCGCUCUUCUAUGUCUGCACCAGAUGUGGCAAGGUGUUCUGGGAAGGCUCUCACUUUGGCCGUGUCCUGUCCAUGUUUCAGGAGGUCUUACACAUAACAGAGGCGGACACUGAAUCAGUUGCAACGGCCGUUACUUCAGCACAGCAGAACUGACGGAGCUGCUAGGGUUUACCUGAGCCUCAAAAAGCAUCCAGAAUACUCUUUUUACAUAUUUAGCACCCAGCUGUCAUGAAAUUUAAAUAAAAUUGAAUUGCUUCAUAUAUAAUAUAUUUUAUUUUUCCCUUUUCUGAUUGGCUGGAUAACUUAACAAAAGAGGCACAAAGAUUUGUGACGUUACAAGUGAGAACACCUACUUUAAAUUCAUAUCUCUUGAAAGAAAUUAUUUUGAAAAAAAUGUGUUAUAUAGUAAUAGUCACACUAGUCCUCUAUGAUUUUUUUUUUUAUGAAAGGACUGUUCUCAGACAUACCAAAAAGAGAAAAAUAAUUUAAUGACUGUGGAUGAAGGCUUUAUUAUCAGCCCAUAGUUCUUUUUAGAUGUAUAGUAUUUAGUUUCAGCGGUUUUAAACCUUUUUUAAGACUUUAAAACUCUGUGAACCAAAGACAGUGGUUUGACUUGGUAAUUUGUGUUGUUCAUUGUAUUGGUUGAGUUAUACCAUGGUACAUUCAUGGUGAUUUAUGCUCUUGAGCGUAUUGAGAUCAUUUGAAUUUUAAUUCAGUUAUUUGUCAAGAAUACUUUGACUCAGCAGGGAAUUAUAUCAUCAAAAGUUUGUUCCGUUAAACACUUCCUUUUUUUCUUUUGUUUUGAUUGAAAAACUGCUGUUAAAUGAUGACAGGACUCAGUUCCUUGGCCUUUUUAGCAGUCUCUGGUACUGUAAAUGUUCAUUCUCUGACUACAUUUGUAUAACAUUUAAUUAUUUGGCUGGAAGCUGAAUAUGUCUUAAUAAACUGAUUUUCAUUUAUUAAA